AUGCACACGCAGGGCCCGGGGGAGGAAGCCAAGCUCGGCUCCGCCCGGGACAGACCCCUCUUCACACACCCGGCCGCGCCGGGAUCCAGGCCCCGCGAGGGCUUCCCGGCCGCGCGGGGCCUAGUCGCUCCCCACGAGCCUCCGGCCUCCCGAGGGACGCGGGGAAGGAAGGGCCGAAGCACCAGAGCAACGCGGUGGACACGGCGGCGGCCGCAGCGGCAGGACGCGCCGUCCGCCCGGCCCGAGGGCAGCCGCCAGGGCCCCCUGGGUGCGGCGGGAGGGGGCGACCCCGAGAAGGCGUCGCGCCACACUCACCUCGAGCAGCGGCCGCCGCCGCUUCGGCAUGGCCGGCGGCGGGGGGGGUCGUCCUGGAGCCGAAAGCCUUCUCCUCCUCCUCCGGAGGGCACCAGCGCGGCCCCAGGAUCCGCCGCGAAGCCUUGCAGUCCUGAGGGGGCUGUGGUCGCUGCGGCAGCGGCGGCUGAGGCCCAGAGUUCGCCCGGCCGCAUCGGCUCCCGGGCCGCCGCACCUACGCGGGACCCGGGGAGCACCGCGGAGCCAGGCCGGGGACUCAGGCUGCGGCGGGACAACCGAGGUGCUGCAGACAGGCAGCCUCGGCGAAGCCUCCUCCAGCGUUGCGGUGGCCGCUCCAGCCACCCGCGCUGCUGGGCCACAGCGCCCCCUGGACCCCACGUCCGGCUACGGCGCCGGGACUGCGGCGGCCGCGCUGGGCACGAGCGGCAGGGAACGCUUAGGAGCGCGGCCUGGGGGUGGCGGGGCCCCCGCGCGUCCUGCGCAGCCCGCAGCCCGCCCCUGACGACGUUUCCCGAGAGCCGGAAGCCUAGGUUCCCACCAACCCCCGGAGGUCCCCACCCCAGUCAGACUUCAGCCCCUUUUCCUUCUCUCCAGAAGGUACGUGAAAGCUCCGGUCACUUGAGCUCGCACCUGAGCGCGGGAGUGUGCGGGAAUCAACUCGUUUCGUCAGUCGUGGGGGCGGGGGGUACCCUUCUAGUCCCUUAA